AUGUUUCUUUUAUCAACACCAGUACAAGUGAUUAAUGGUCGUUAUUUUUAUAUUCAAGCAUUCAAACCAUUAAAAUAUCAUUCAGCUCAUAUGAAUGUUUUAAUUGUUAUGGCAGCAAUAACAGUAUAUGCUUAUUCAUGUUUUGUGGUUUUAUUUAAUAUAAUAAAAGGUCUUCCAAGUCUAGUUACAUUUUUUGAUGUAUCACCAAUCAAAGAUGGACAGAACAAUUAA